CUGUGGUGCAUUGUGGUGUGUUUCCAACAUGGCGGGCUCCUUGAGCUCUUCAAUGGAAGGCACGGGAUUUAGCGACAGUGACAUGAGUGCAGACGAAAGCACCUCAUCUGUUGCUCACAGAGAAAAAAAUUUAAUGUCCCUUUUGAAGCAGGAGAAUAGAGUAUUAAAAAUGGAACUGGAAACAUGUAAAUUACGCUGUAAACAACUGCAGGAAGAAAACAGAGCUCUUCGCCAGGCGAGCGUCUCUAUUCAAGCUAAAGCAGAGCAAGAGGAAGAGUUUAUAUCCAACACUUUGUUGAAGAAGAUUCAGUCACUUAAGAAAGAAAAAGAAACCUUGGCAAUGAAUUAUGAACAAGAGGAAGAAUUUCUUACCAAUGAUUUGUCACGGAAACUAAUGCAGUUACGUCAAGAAAAGAUUCAGUUGGAACAAACAUUAGAACAAGAGCAAGAAUAUCAAGUAAACAAACUAAUGAGAAAGAUUGAUAAACUUGAAUCAGAUGUCACCUCAAAACAGACCACUCUGGAACAGCUGAGGAAAGAAAAAGUGGAUCUUGAAAACACAUUGGAACAAGAACAAGAAUUGUUAGUCAACAGACUUUGGAAAAGGAUGGACAGACUGGAGGCAGAGAAGAGAAUGCUCCAAGAGAAGUUAGAAGAACCUAUUUCUGAGCCGCCCUCCCCCCGACAGUUUGCAGAUGGAGAGGAUGCGGUGGGCGACUUAGCGUCCCACAUCACAUCACUGAGAGAAGAAAUCAGGAAACUUAAACAACAACUGGCUAAGUCUGAAGCUGACUACUGUGAAAAGAUGGCAGCUUAUGCGAAAGAGGAACGCCAUAUCAAGGAAGAAAACAUUAGAUUACAGAGGAAACUGUUGCGAGAAAUGGAGAGAAGAGAAGCGCUAAGCCGACAGCUGUCAGAGAGUGAGUCAAGUCUGGAGAUGGAUGAUGAGAGGCACUUCAACGAGAUGACCUCUCACGGGACUUCAGUGAGGGACCGCACGUCAUCAAGUCCCCUUCCGUUAAGUACCAACAGACCCAUAUCUCCGGGGUAUGGCUUCACUCCACCAUCACCGCGCAUGCCUAGGUAUCCUUCCAAUGAGAGGUUGAGUGGAUCCCAUUCCUCCGCAAACUCUUCACCUCCAACUCACACAGUACAGAGAGGUCAGCGGACUCAGUCUUCCCCAGGCACAUCAUCACACGGACCCAGGCCCUCCUCAGGAUCAUGAGUAUGAACAAUGAUAUAGGCUCUUGCUGAGCAAAUUGGCAUGUAUCAGUGUACCCCCGUGUAAGACAGUACAUUGGCGCUUCGCUGUACUUGAUGUGAACAAUAUCUGCCCAAAAAACUAUUAGGGUACCGAUUUUUAUGAAAGGUCUUUAAAUGGUGUAAAAUUCCAAUGAAUCACUGAUGGAGAUAUAGAGUAACAAGAAUUGUUGGUGUAUAUUUGUUUGAAUGUAGGUGUUACGCGAGGUAGUUAAGUUGUUUUACAGCAAUAAGUGAUGACAAAGUUGUGAUAUUUUUCAGUUGGAGUGGUUUUCCAAUGUCCAGUCAAAGUGCUUGUAAAACUGAUCACAUUGAAGUAAACUGGCCGAUCUUCUAUUUUA